CGGACUCGCGAGCGCGGAUCCCGAAUGGCGGCGCAGAGAGGGGAGUUCAAACCCAACGAAGGCUUCUCCUGUCUGCGAGCCUGAGGCGGCUCUCUCCUCGGAGCGAAACAUGAAGCGGAUGAAGGCCGCCAAAGCCCCCGCGGCCGAGGAACAAGAGGUUCAGCAGCAGCCGGACCUGGCCGAUGUAGAAGAUUCUUCUGCAAAAGCACUUGUCAGUUUGAAAGAGGGAAGCUUAUCCAAUACCUGGAAUGAGAAAUACAUGUCCCCGCAGAAAACGCCCAACUGGAAGGGCAGCCCCAGCCCUGGAGCAGAGAUGCCAUACAGGACUUCAAAGCGAAGUCGUUUUUUCUGUGAUGACGACGAACGGCCAUUAAGUACCAGAUCGCCUAAAAGAAAUCCGAAAAGUACUCUGCUGCCCCAGAAAUCUGCGCCUGCUGUCAAUACUCCAGUAAGAAAAUCUUCUCAGAAAAUUGGCUUCAGGUUACGGAACCUCCUGAAACUUCCCAAAGCGCACAAAUGGUGUAUAUACGAGUGGUUUUAUUCUAACAUUGACAAGCCGUUAUUCGAGGGCGAUAAUGACUUUUGCGUGUGCCUAAAAGAAUCCUUCCCGAAUCUUAAGACCCGGAAAUUAACAAGGGUGGAAUGGGGGAAAAUAAGACGGCUUAUGGGGAAGCCGAGAAGAUGCUCUGCUGCGUUCUUUGAAGAAGAGAGAUCGGCGUUAGAACAGAAGCGGCAGAAAAUACGGCUUCUGCAGCAGAGGAAGGUAGCCGAUGUGUCUCAGUUCAAGGAUCUUCCAGAAGAAAUCCCCUUGUCCUUGGUGAUAGGAACAAAAGUGACAGCUCGAUUACGAGGCCAACAUGACGGCUUAUUCACUGGCCAGAUAGACGCGGUAGACACGCAGAACUCAACUUACAGAGUAACGUUUGAUAGAAAUGGGCUUGGGACCCACACCAUCCCGGACUAUGAAGUUCUCAGCAAUGAGCCUCAUGAAACUAUGCCUAUAGCAGCCUUUGGACAAAAGCAGCGUCCGUCCCGGAUGUUCAUGACGCCUCCUCGGUUACAUUACCCCCCCACUUUCCAGACACCAAUAAUGGAAAGUGAUCCCUUGUUAGGCCAGUCCCCUUGGAAAAGUAAAAUAUCCAGUACAGACGGUGAGACCAUUGGAGGAUUCCCAGUGGAAUUCCUUGUUCAGGUGACCAGGUUAUCAAAGAUACUGAUGAUCAAGAAAGAACACAUCAAGCAACUAAGAGAUAUGAAUACAGAAGCUGAAAAGCUAAAGUCUUACUCUGCUCCCAUUAACAUUGAGUUUCAAAGAAGAUAUGCAACAAUCGUCCUUGACUUGGAGCAGCUGAACAAAGAUCUUAAUAAAGUUCUGCACAAGGUUCAGCAGUUCUGUUAUGAGCUCGCCCCAGAGCAGGGUCUUCAGCCCGCAAACCAGCCAACUAGCAUGAAGCAGCGGUGCGAGAAGGAAGCUCAGGAGAUGGUCCGUCAGGCAAAUACGACGUCCACGGGGCAACUGUGCGUCCAGAACGAGAGUCUUACAGAGUUAAUUUCCAGACUCACGGCAAUCUUGUUACAGAUAAAAUGUCUGGCCGAAGGAGGAGAUCUUAAUUCAUUUGAGUUCAAAUCUUUAACGGAUUCAAUAAAUGAUAUAAAGAGCUCAAUAAACCCAUCCAAUAUCAGCUGUUUUCAGAAUAAUGUUGAGAUCCACGUUGCGCACAUUCAGAGCGGACUCAGUCAGAUGGGGAACCUUCACGCAUUCGCCGCUAAUAAUACAAACCGGGACUGAAACAUCUCCGUGAAAACGCAGCAGUAUGCCUAGAGGGAACAGAACGAAGGAAAAGCAGCUCGUCUUGUAUCAAGGGAUCCAUUUUUCUUUCUUCCAUUAACCUAUAGGUCUGCUGCCAAGACUCUGUAGAUACUCUGACAUCAUGCAAGUGACAUGUGAGGUCAUCUGUCCCUUCCGCGUUCAUCCACAAACACGCGUGAUACAGCUUCCCCGUCACCCUUCCAUUUAGCAGAUCUAGGCCUGCUUUUCCAGUUGGAUUCUGGUUCUUAAUAACCCUAAAGAUCCACAGACCUGGGGUGUGAGGACUUUAUGCAGAAUAUAUCUACAAACCCCCCGUUGGACUAUGGUUGCUCUGAGUACUUUGAACUGUAAGGACAGGAUAUAAUUACCUCUCGGGGCAUUGUGGACAAACCGUCUCUUGGUGAGAGCUCUUGGGACAAGCUGGUACCCAUCAGCAGCCCCGACAAAGGCCAAGCAAAGUGUAAAGCAUUGGAAAUACCUUAAAAGCAAAUACUUUUUUUUAUUUUUUAUUUUAAUUUUUUUUCCUUGCUUAUUUUGGACCGCCACCAAACAGCUUUUUGCACAAAACAGUUUAAGAGCGGAUUUUAAGGUGUUCACCUUGUAAAAAAAAUGUGUAUUGGGUUGUUUAAUAUAGGUGAUGAAGAUUAAUUAUAAUAAAACAGUUUGUUUUAGAAGAAAAUCUGCUUUAAUGUUCAAUAUUCUGUUUGUAUUGGGGGUCUAUAGGUUGACCUAAAAACAUGAGGCUUGAAUCAUAAUUUUGGAUAAGAUAAAGAAGGUAUUGGUAA